CGGCUGAUGACGUCACCGGUGAUUUGGAAGAUGCUCCAGCUGAAAGUUGUAAAAACGUCGCGUUGAUUCUGAAUUAGCGUGAAUUCGUGUUUUCAUUAUGAUCACAUGGAUUAAGAACACCAACAUGUCGCUAACUGAGCAAAGAGCGGAAUAAAAGGUCAGACUCCAGGUCAGACGCCUGCUCAGGACCCAGUCAUGCCUCAGAAGCUCCAGAAGAACGCCCAGACCGGCCACUACAUCGAGCUGGGCGGGUACCAGUACUGGCCGGUGCUGGUGCCCCGGGGAAUCCGGCUGUACACCUACGAGCAGAUCCCGGUGUUCCUGAGGGAGAACCCGUACAUCACAGACGGAUACAGAGCCUACCUGCCCUCCAGGCUCUGCAUCAAGAGCAUCUUCAUCCUGUCCAAUGAGACGGUGAACAUCUGGAGCCACCUGCUGGGCUUCCUGCUCUUCUUCUUCCUCGGGGUUUACAACAUGGCGUCCGUGCUGCCCGGCUUCGGCGCCUCCAAGGAGGAUUACGUCAUCUACUCCAUCGCACUCUUCUGCUUCCAGCUGUGUAUGCUGUGCUCGGUGGGGUACCACCUGUUCUGCUGCCAUCGCUCGGAGAAGACCAGCCGCCGCUGGAUGGCGCUGGAUUACGCCGGCGUCUCCAUCGGCAUCUUGGGCUGCUACGUCCCCGGAGUCUUCUACACCUUCUACUGUAAUAACUACUGGCGGCAGGUGUACCUGGUGACGGUGCUCGCCAUGAUCCUCGCCGUGUUCUUCGCUCAGAUUCAUCCUCAUUACCUCAGCAAGCAGUGGAAGCAGCUGCGCUCGCUGGUCUUCUGCUCGGUGGCCGGGUACGGCCUCAUCCCCACGGUGCACUGGAUCUGCAUCACCGGGGGGUUCUCCUCCGAGCUGGUCCAGGCGUUCAUCCCUCGGAUCCUGGGGAUGUAUUUCCUGGCAGCGUUGGCUCUAAUUUUCUACGUUUCUAAAGUUCCUGAACGCUACUUCCCAGGUCAGCUGAACUACCUGGGCUCCAGCCACCAGGUGUGGCACAUGCUGCUGGUGCUGAUGUUGUACUGGUGGCACCAGUCGUCGUGCUUCAUCAUGGCGUACAGACACAGCGAGCCCUGCCCAGACGCCCCCCCACACGAGUAGUGACCACGACCAGCUGCUGCCUGGCUGAGAGAAGCUGCACAGAAGCCGGACGUAUGUU